AUGGACCCGGUGCAGAAAGCCGUCCUCCAUCACACCCUCGGCCUCCCGCCCACCGCCAAGAGGAAGCACGUCUCCUGCAGCGUCUGCCAGCUGAGGUUUAACUCACAGAGCCAGGCCUUGGCCCACUACAAGGGGACCAAACACGCCAAGAAGCUAAAAGCCCUGGACACUCCGAAGACUAAGCUCAAAGGCUCAGUCGUCACCAAGGAAACCAACAAUCUGGAGAUGGCCAAGGGGAUCAACACCUCGCUGGUCCCCAACGGCACCAUCGGGAAAGAUGUCGUCCCUGAUGCGGUGCCCCUCCCGCUGUCCCCCGUGCUCAGAACGGCACAACUCCUGGCGACCCCUACGAUGCCGGCGCCCGCGGCCUCGCCGAUAGUCCCGCACAGCGCGGCAGCAACAGCCCCGGAGUCUACCUCAGCUGCUGGAGGGGACGAGAAGCAGCUCAAGCUCGACUCGCCCCCAGAACCAGACCCGGAGCCCGAGGCCGAACCCGAGGCGGAGACGGAUGCGGAAACGGAGCAGGAGAAGGCUCGACGUCUCCUCUACUGCUCGCUCUGCAAAGUGGCCGUCAACUCGGCGUCGCAGCUGGAGGCUCACAACAGCGGUACGAAGCACAAGACGAUGCUGGAGGCCAGGAGCGGCGUGGGCUCCAUCAAGUCCUUCCCCCGGCUGGGAGUCAAGAGCAAAGUGGCCACGUUGACAAAAUCAUUGACGGGUCUGCAGAACAAAACGUUUCACUGUGAGACGUGUGAUGUGCAUGUCAACUCAGAGACUCAGCUAAAACAGUUUUUUUCUCCAUCUCAUCAACUCUCUGCCGUCCCCUGGUCCGUCACGCAGGGCUUGCUGUCUGAGAUCCUGCGCAAGGAGGAGGACCCUAAAACGGCGUCACAGUCGCUGUUGGUCAACCUGCGCGCCAUGCAGAACUUCCUGCAGCUGCCGGAGGCCGAGCGUGACCGCAUCUAUCAGGAUGAGAGGGAGCGCAGCCUGACAGCCGCCUCCGCGAUGGGCGCCGCUCCACUCAUCAGCACUCCACCCAGCCGUCCUGUACAGCCCCGGAGGGAAGACUGUAACAGCGUGAGGCCCGAGGACUGGAAUCCCCGGAUCCCUGUGGGCAUUUCCCCUGUGAAACCGUCGCCUCUGCCGAGCGAGUGGAACGGCAAGACGGAGAGCUGCAUCCUCAACAUCAACUCCACCAUCUACGACGAGAUCCAGCAGGAGAUGAAGCGGGCCAAAGUUUCCCAGGCUCUGUUCGCGAAGGUGGCUGCCUCCAAGAGCCAGGGUUGGCUCUGUGAGCUGCUCCGCUGGAAGGAGGAUCCGUCCCCGGAGAACCGGACGCUCUGGGAGAACCUCUCCAUGAUCCGACGCUUCCUGAGCCUGUCGCAGGCCGAGCGCGACGCCAUCUACGAGCAGGAGAGCAGCGCCGGGCAGCAGCACCACAACGAGCGGCCGUCGCACCUGAUGCACAUUUCCAGCGACCAGCUCCAGGCUCAGUCGCUCCAGCCACAGCAGCAGCACCAGGCCUCCCUGUCUCUCCAGCACCCCUGCCAACCCCUUUUGUCCCAGCAGCCUUUGCAGCAACUGCAGCCCACCACCGGCCCCCGGUUGCCGCCUCGCCAGCCCUCCACGGCCUCUCCGGCCGAGACGGAGGACGAGGGCAGCCGCGGAGGGAGCAUCAAGUCCCGCACCGGCGGAGGGAAGAUCUCCCUGGAGGCUCUGGGCAUCCUGCAGAGCUUCAUCCAGGACGUGGGCAUGUACCCGGACGAGGAGGCCAUCCACACGCUGUCCGCCCAGCUCGACCUGCCCAAGCUCACCAUCAUCAAGUUCUUCCAGAACCAGCGCUUCUACGUCAAUCACCCAGCAAAGGCGCCCAAGGAGCCCAGUAACAACAACAACAACCACAGCACGUCGGCCACCACCAACACCAACAGCAGCAGCAGCAGCAGCAGCAGCCCGGCCUUCGAGGAGGAGCUGACGGACUUCAGGGAGAGCGGAGAGCUGCUGAAGGAGCUGGACGAGGGCACGCAGACCAACAACACCAUCUUCUCCAUCAAGAUCGAGGAGCAGCUGGGCCGAGGAGCCGACGCUCAGUCCGAGUCGGAGCACGAGGCCAAGGAGUAGGACUCCCC